AUGUCACAAGAACUUAUUGUUUAUCAGAGCUUCGAGCAGUUCUACCCUUUCUAUUUGAAGGAGCACUCAAAUCGUACCAAUAAACGUCUUCACUUUGUCGGAACAUCAUUGGCUGUUCUUGCAUUGAUCCUUAUCACUCUAACUGGCAACUACAGAUACCUCUAUGUUCCAUUCUUGAUUGGUUAUGGUUUCGCAUGGGUUGGACACUUCUUCUUCCAAAAGAACAAGCCAGCCACAUUCAAGUAUCCAUUGUUCAGUCUAAGAGGAGACUUCAAGUUAUGGUCACAGAUACUAAGUGGAAAGAUCAAGUUUUAA